AUCUGUUGGAUCGGGAAACUAAUCAGGAGUGAAGACUUUGAGGACUGCGAGUGUAAACACGGAAUAAAGUCACAUUUAACCCGAAAGUGUUUAUUUACGAAGUACAGUCGCGGCUCUGUACAGAAGAAAGACAAGUUUAAGUAUGUUUUAGUGUCGCAGUUUGAGUCGCUGAAAGUCCACAGCGGCCGGCGGAGGCUCGCUCGCGGCUAGCUUGGUUAACAUUUAGCCGGGGCAGAAGUACCGAGGCUCCGGUCAACAUGGAGCUGGACGACGUGGUCCUCUACCAGGACGACUCCACCAGCUCCUCCGUCAUGUCCGAGCGGGUCUCCGGGCUGGCCAGCUCCAUCUACCGCGAGUUCGAGCGGCUCAUCGAGCGCUACGGCGAGGACGUGGUGAAGGAGCUGAUGCCGCUGGUGGUGGCCGUGCUGGAGAACCUGGACUCGGUGUUCGCCGUCAACCAGGAGCACGAAGUGGAGCUGGAGCUCCUGAAGGAGGACAACGAGCAGCUGGUGACCCAGUACGAGCGGGAGAAGGCGCUGAGGAAGCACGCAGAGGAGAGGUACAUCGCCUUCGAGGACUCCCAGGAGGGCGAGAAGAAGGACCUGCAGGUCCGUGUGGUGAUGCUGGAGUCUCAGACGCGGCAGCUGGAGCUGAAAACCAAGAACUAUGCAGACCAGAUCAGCAGGUUGGAUGAGAGGGAAGCGGAGCUCAAGAAGGAGUACAACGCUCUCCACCAGAGACACACCGAGAUGAUCCACAGCUACAUGGAGCACCUGGAGCGGACCAAACACCAACAUGCAGCCGUGACAGCAGAGCCGUCGGAGAGCAGCACUCCUAGCAGAGCACGGAAGGAGCGUCCCAUCUCCAUGGGCUUAUUCCAACUUCCUGCGAGCGAGAGCGUGACCCCUGACGUCCCGAGGGAGCCCGUGGACACGCCGUCAGAACCAUGGAGAUUCAACAACCUGAGCCACCCGCGCUCCAACACCAGCCUCAAGGAUGAGUUAUCCCACCUGAACCGUGGCAGCUCCAAACCCGGCACGCCCUCCAAAAGCAGCGCUCCCGGUUCCUCACAAGACGGAGAGUCCAGAUCCAACUCUUCAGGCUUCGCUCAGGACGGAUCCUCCAAAUCCAACAGCUCGUCCUCGGCGUACGGCAGCACCUCGCCCCUGUCGCCUCACGAUGGAGCGUCGUCGGGCACCAGUCCCUCCUCCGGGUCCGUCUCCACCGCGUCUCCGUCGACCGCCCCCACCUCAGACGUGACCGCGGAGGCUUCGGACGCCGCCUCGCAGCAGCGCAGGACCUCAGACGGACUCAACAAGAGUCUGGACUCUCAGAGCGGGAAACCGGAGAGCGGUGCAGACCUGGCAGCUGAGCAGGGAGGACCGCAGUCUGCAAGCACACCCGUCAAAAGUGACGACGACCUGCAGAAGUCCGAGGUUCUGGCCAUCAUCGAGUCCACUCCAGAGCUGGACAUGGACCUGGAGAGCUGCCAGGGAACCAGCACUCCCAGUAAAGGCGGCAUCGAGAACCUGGCGUUCAACCGUAACACGGACUCCCUGUUCGAGGAGCUCUCCUCUGCAGGGAACGACCUGAUCGGAGACGUGGACGAAGGAGCAGACCUGCUGGGAAUGGGCCGGGAAGUUGAGCAUCUGAUUCAUGAGAACACUCAGCUGCUGGAGACCAAAAACGCUUUGAACGUAGUGAAGAACGACCUGAUCGCGCAGGUGGACGAGCUGUCGUGUGAGAGGGAGGUCCUGCGAGGGGAGCUGGACGCCGUCACUCAGGCCAAAACCAAACUGGAGGAGAAGAAUAAAGACCUGGAGGAAGAGCUGAAGAAAGUCCGAGCUGAGCUGGAGGAGACCAAGCAGAAGGUCAAGAAUGACAACAACGAGGACGAUAGCGACGUGCCGACAGCCCAGAGGAAGCGCUUCACCCGGGUGGAGAUGGCCCGAGUGCUGAUGGAGAGGAACCAGUACAAGGAGAGGCUGAUGGAGCUGCAGGAGGCCGUCAGGUGGACGGAGAUGAUCCGAGCGUCGAAGGAGAACCCGGCCCUUCCGGAGAAGAAGAAGUCCAGCCUCUGGCAGUUGAUGAGUUUCAGCCGUCUGUUCAGCUCGUCGGGCGGCGCGGCCAAGAAGCCGGCGGCGGAGGCCCCGGUGAACGUCAAGUACAACGCGCCCACCUCCCACAUCCAGCCGUCGGUGAAGAAGAAGAGCAGCACGCUGCAGCAGCUGCCCAGCGACAAGAGCAAGGCCUUCGACUUCCUCAACGAGGAAGCGGCGGCCGAUAACGUGGUGUCCCGGCGGGAGCAGAAGCGGGCUCAGUACCAGCAGGUCAAAGCUCACAUGCAGAAGGAGGACGGCCGGGUGCAGGCGUACGGCUGGAGCCUGCCCAAGAAGUUCAAGGCCAACGGCGGCCAGUCGGAGAGCAAGAUGAAGAACCUGCCCGUCCCCGUCUUCCUCAGACCUCUGGAUGAAAAAGAUGCUUCUAUGAAGCUGUGGUGCGCCGCCGGCGUGAACCUCUCCGGAGGGAAGACCAGAGACGGUGGCUCGAUCGUGGGCGCCAGCGUGUUUUACAGCGACGUGUCCGGACCCGAGAGUCCCAAGAAGAAGAAGAUCGGCUCGCAGAGCAGCCUGGAGAAACUGGACCAAGAACUCAAGGAGCAGCAGAAGGAGCUGCGGCACCAGGACGAGAUGUCCUCCCUGGUGUGGAUUUGCACCAGCACCCAGUCCACCACCAAGGUCGUGGUCAUCGACGCCAACCAGCCCGGGAACAUCCUGGAGAGCUUCUUCGUUUGCAACUCUCACGUCCUGUGCAUCGCCAGCGUGCCAGGCGCCAGAGAAACGGAUUAUCCAGCCGGAGAGGAAGUUUCUCCCAGCACCGAGGCCGGACCGGCGAGCGACGGCGGCUCGCCGGCGAGCGGCGGCGGCACGGCGGCCGGAGACGGCGUCCUGGGAGGCAUCACCGUGGUGGGCUGCGAGGCCGAGGGGGCGACGGCCGUGCCCCAGACCGCAGAGCCCCCGGGAGCAGAUGGAGCAACAGGAUCCAGACCGGCCGACGAAGCCACGGAGGCCACGGAGACCAGCGGGGGGCCUGCGGACCACCGAGAGAGCCUGAGGGGGGCCUACACCGAACACGUGUUCACCGACCCCCUCGGAGCGCAGCAGACGGCGGAAGCUCCAGCCAACUACUCUCAGAGAGAGAGCGAUCUGCUGAAGGACGGCGUGAGUUCGAACCCCAGCGCCGAGGAGCAGGACCUGAUGAGAGAGGAGGCGGACAAGAUGAGCAGCGUGCUGCCCACCAUGUGGCUGGGAGCGCAGAACGGCUGCGUCUACGUUCACUCCUCCGUGGCUCAGUGGAAGAAAUGUCUCCACUCCAUCAAGCUGAAGGACUCCGUGCUCGGGAUCGUACACGUGAAAGGACGUGUGCUGGUCGGCCUGUCCGAUGGCACGCUGGCCAUUUUCCACAGAGGAGAGGACGGACAGUGGGACCUGACCAACUACCACCUGCUGGACCUGGGCCGGCCUCACCACUCCAUCCGCUGCAUGAGCGUGGUGCACGACCGGGUGUGGUGCGGCUACAGGAACAAGAUCCACGUGGUGCACCCCAAAGCCAUGAAGAUAGAGAAAUCAUUUGACGCCCACCCUCGCAAGGACAGCCAGGUGCGUCAGCUGGCCUGGGUGGGCGACGGGAUCUGGGUGUCCAUCCGGCUGGACUCCACCCUCAGGUUGUUCCACGCCCACACCCACCAGCACCUGCAGGACGUGGACAUCGAGCCCUACGUCAGCAAGAUGCUGGGCACGGGCAAACUGGGCUUCUCCUUCGUGAGGAUCACCGCCCUCACAGUGUCGUGCAGUCGUCUUUGGAUCGGGACCGGAAACGGAGUGAUCAUCUCCAUCCCUCUGACAGAAGCAGCCAACAAGAGCAGCAAGGCGGCGGGCAGCCAGCCGGGCAGCGUGGUGAGGGUGUACGGAGACGACAGCAGCGACAAGGUGAAGGCCGGGACCUUCGUGCCGUACUGCUCCAUGGCGCACGCUCAGCUCUGUUUCCACGGUCACCGAGACGCCGUCAAGUUCUUCACCGCCGUUCCAGGUCACGCAGUUCCAGCGGCGUCCAGUGGGGGCGACGCGGCGGGGGACAAAGCGUCAGACGCCACGACUCAGGAAGGAAGCAAGUCCACACUGGUGAUGAGCGGCGGGGAGGGAUACAUCGACUUCAGGAUGGGUGAUGAAGACGGCGAGGCGGAGGAGGGGGACACGCCCCCCCUCAAGCUGCAGCCCUUCCUGGCUAAAGCCGAGCGCAGCCACCUCAUCGUGUGGCAGAUCAUGGACUCCGAAGAGUGACCUCUGACCCCUGCAGGACCGCAGAGGAGGGUCGGUUGAGGCGAACACCUCCUCCUCCUCUUCAAUCAGCACUUUGUUUUUUCUCCUCAGUCCUCAACAAUAAGAAGCAGAAACUGCUCCGAGAGCUUUUCUCACCAAUAACCUGGAUGCAUGUUGUUGUUUGUGUGUUUGGUUUAUUUUUUCCCAUCUGUUCCGAUGCCUCCUGUUCUUUUUUUUGGUUUCGUUUUGUUUUUAUUUGAGGUCACGCUCUCAUUGAGGACAGCACCUCCACCUCUCACCCUCACACUGGACUCAGGUCACACUAAACCCGAAAGAAAAGAUUCCCUGAGAGUUCCCUGCUGCCCUUGAAUAAUGCGAGUGAUGUAGCAGGAUCAAACCAAGUUUAAUAUCACUGACUGUGAGUUCAAAAGCAAUAAGACAUAAAUUGUUCCAUAAAUAUUCCACAUGUCGUCGUGACAGCCAGGUUUGUGCCGUGUGUGUUACCAUUACAUUCAUGUUACGAUGCUCAAAUGCAGAAGUUUUUAAUUUCUGGUUCUCUGAAUCAAUUCACGACGUGUGGGAAUCCACCCACACAGCAAUCAGACCUUUGUGAAAAGGUAAAUUGCUGUGAAAAUUUACCCAGAAAACUCAGCUGAUUCUUGAUUUAUAAUGCUUUUAAUGAUUCACACAAAUGAUGACACAACGUGAGUGUUAUGAUUCCCUCACAGUCUAGUUUUGUUCACGUUAACAUACAGUCUCCAAAAUGUUUCCUGACUGAUGAUGCAUUAGCAUGGCUAGCUUGACUGCAUGAAUGUAACGUUAAUGCACGUGGAAGACAAACACUCAACAGAUCCUCACCAACAAAGUCCGAUCUUUCAUCUUAGGGACAGUCUGUAAGAUGUAAUGCCACCUCUGUGCUCUGUGUGGCAGUAGUGAGUCAUGAGGCCAAGAACCCCAUCGCUUACGUGCAUCUCACUAGAUCUAGCAUCUGAUUCAAAAUGUUCCAUGCUGUACCUACUAUAAGUAAUAACUGCAGUUGUUCCCUCUUACUCUGACCCUUGAAGCAGUUCACGUCGUCCAUCUCUUUAGGAGACUUUCUUCUAAGCACACUUGAUUCUGAUUGGCCAGCUUCCAGGAAGUUGACCAUAUGUAGAUUAUUUUAGACUAAACGAUAGUUUGCCAAACCUGAAGCUGGUAACGGUAGUUAAGCAUGGUUUCUGCUUCUUUAUUUUCAUGGUUUGGUUUAUUACGGCUUGAAUACUGAAGGCAGCAAAUUUAUCCAACAGAGUCCAGCUAAAGUCAUGAGUCCUUAUGUACUUCCAGUACUGUUUGUAAUUUGACACCAGCCUCAUUGGCUUCUGUUUCCUUUUCACAAUUGCGAAACAAAUUUGAAUGACGGUUUGCUCAGAAUGACAUCACUCACAUUGGUCUGCUGACAAGGUGAUGUCAUCGAGACAGGUGACGAGAUGAUGUCAUCACACUUGGAUUGUCAUAAUGUAAAUUCUGGUCCAAACAGUUGGAAUCCUGAACUGUCUCCGUUUGGUGAAACCACUGAAACAUGAGAAGAAGAAGGAGUGUAUCUCUCCUUUCAGUCCACCCUCCCACUGACCUCCCAGUAGACACUUUGAAGAAAUGCCUUAGGUCUGGAGGACCGAGUUCAAGAGUAUUUAUUUUUUUCCUCUGAAGAAUGUUGUUUGCUACCAAAGGUCAAAGGUGGAGCAGUGAGUGAGGGGCGUAGCAGGGCUCCUCUCAGCAGCGCGUCUGCCUCUGUGGAGAGAAACAAGACGCUUUUUCUAACAGAAAUCCUCGUGUAGAGAUGAAAUCUAUUUUUCCACUUUCGUAUUUGGAACUUUUUUUUUUUUUUCCCCCCCCUCCAGGAUGAGAGACGAGUGUUGGACGUGUUACUUUGACUCGGGCCGUUUGGGCCUGACCGUGUUGAUAUUUAGAGACGUCCCUUCUACCCCGCAGAGCUGAUAAACUAAAAGUGUUUCAAGUCUAUUUUUAUGACCUUUUAUUUUUCUGUUGAUCCUCAUUUGGGUGUUUCUCAGAUUACUUCUGGCCUUGGUAUGCCACUGCACUGUGUGCGCGUGUUUGUGUGUGUGUGUGUGUGUGUAUGCGUGCGUGCGAGAGAAAUGUUUAUUGCAGUUUAGCCAUUUCAGUAUUUAUUUACAAUGAUUGAGCCUUUGCUAUUGAGAAUGUAUCUUUGUACAUUAUGAUCUGUAAUGAUCUGUAUGACCGUGCGGUGGGCCGCUGGGCUGCUUUGCAGAGGGUGACUGUACUCAGCUAUGCACCGUCUCCCCGAGGGGACGCCAUUGAGCGUGGAGGCCCCGCAACCUGUUUAAGCAAUCAGUUUUUUGGGUUUUUUUUUUUUUUUUUGGGAGCUGAAGUGGAGAGGACAGCCGGGGGGUUCGGGCCUGGACUCGUCUGCACAUGCUCGUCAUUAACCUGGCAGAAGCUCCCUCUUCGUGCAAACUCCAUCCUGUACUCCAACAGCAACUCCAGCCUUACUUUUUUUCUUUUUUUUUUUUUUUUUAACAAUCAAU